GGGGCUCGAGGCCCGGCACCGCACACCCCUCGCCGGCUGCGCGCCGGGCGCCCAUGGCCGGCCGCUCCCUGGGGCAGGCGGUAGCCACCGUGUCGCUCUCAGUGGCCCUCGCGUCUGUGACUGUCCGGUCCGCAGGCUGCCGCGGCAUCUCCGCGCCCAGAAACCCAUUUCCAUCCUGUGGGUUUCACCUGAGCGCCAACAUCAUGUCUGGUUCCAAUGGUGGCAAAGAGAAUUCCCACAACAAGGCCCGGACAUCUCCUUACCCAGGCUCAAAAGUUGAGCGAAGUCAGGUUCCUAAUGAGAAGGUGGGCUGGCUGGUUGAGUGGCAGGACUACAACCCCGUGGAGUAUACAGCAGUCUCUGUGUUGGCAGGCCCCAGGUGGGCGGAUCCUCAGAUCAGUGAAAGAAACUUUUCUCCCAAAUUUAAUGAAAAGGAUGGGCAUGUUGAGAGAAAGAGCCAGAACGGCCUGUACGAGAUCGAAAAUGGAAGACCCAGGAAUCCUGCAGGGAGGACAGGACUGGUUGGUCGGGGUCUUUUGGGGAGAUGGGGCCCAAACCAUGCUGCAGACCCCAUUAUCACCAGGUGGAAAAGAGAUGAGAGUGGGAAUAAAAUCAUACAUCCUGUCUCUGGGAAAUACAUCUUACAGUUUGUUGCAAUAAAAAGGAAAGACUGUGGAGAAUGGGCCAUCCCAGGGGGCAUGGUGGACCCCGGGGAGAAGAUCAGCGCCACGCUCAAGAGGGAGUUUGGCGAGGAAGCCCUCAACUCCUUACAGAAGUCCAGUGCUGAGAAGAGGGAGAUCGAGGAGAAGCUGCACGCGCUCUUCAGCCAGGAGCAUCUGGUGAUAUAUAAGGGUUACGUGGAUGACCCUCGGAACACUGACAACGCGUGGAUGGAGACCGAGGCCGUCAACUACCAUGAUGACACAGGGGAGACCAUGGACAAUCUCACCCUGGAGGCUGGAGAUGACGCCGGGAAGGUCAAGUGGGUUGACAUAAGCGACCAGCUCAAGCUCUACGCCAGCCAUGCGCAGUUCAUCCAGCUCGUGGCAGAGAAACGGGAUGCGCACUGGAGUGAGAACUGUGCUGCUGACAACCACGGGCUAUAGCCUGUCCCUGAGGCCAGAGGCCAGCAGCCUGCCCUG